UUGCAUUACAAAGGGAAGGGCGUUGACAUACGUUGUUGGAAGCCGUUGCUGUUUUGAUCCACUUCAUCUAGAGCGCUUCUGUACCGAACAUUCGAGUGCAGUGGUUACAGUUCGAGAGCAAUUUUGCCUCUUUAGAGUGUCGAACAGCAGGGAAAAAAGUUAAUUCUUGGAGAAAUCAGUCGAUACACCUGGACCUGCCGUCAUGUUUCGCUUCGUCAUUGUUUGUCUUGUCUUUCAUGCGACAGGUUUACACGGCUUUGACGUCUCCACAAGCACACCAGAUCUGAGAGUACCAGAGAAUGCUGGAGCUGAUCUGAAAUGUACAUAUUCGGCUGACUUUGGGUCUGACGCCAGAGUAGAGUGGAAGUUCAAAAAUCUGCAGGGUUCCCAGACCUACGUCUUUUUCAGCGGCCAUCCGACUGCACCCUAUAAAGGCCGAGUCACCAAAUAUGAAGGAGGACUGCGGUUUAACAAGGUCACUCGGAAUGACAAUGGAGAGUACGACUGCGAAGUGUCUGGAAGUGACCAGUUCAAGGAGGCGAAGAUUAAACUGACUGUCCUAGUGCCACCGAGUGUCCCAGUUGCCAGGAUCCCCUCAUCAGUGACGACAGGGGGAAGGGCCCUGCUCACGUGCUUUGAUAAAGAUGGCUCACCCCCGCCCACCUACAGGUGGUUCAAGAACAAGACGCCCCUUCCCCAGGACCCCAGCAAGUUCCCCGCCUUCAACUACACCGUGUACAAGAUCUCCCCUCAGAAUGGAACUCUGCUGUUUCCCAAGACCACGAAGAUGGAUUCAGGAGAGUAUUACUGCGAGGCUUCCAAUGGUGUUGGUGAUGUCAAGCGUAGCCAGACUGUAAAAAUGGAAGUCCGCGACGUCAACGUUGGAGGAAUUGUUGCCGGGGUGAUUUUCCUCAUCCUGAUUCUAAUCUUACUGGUUGUGGCCGUCUGGUUUGCUUAUAAGAGAGGAUAUCUCGCCAAAUUCACUGAACGAAAACCUAAAUCGGUGGUGUACACCCAGCCGACGUCGGACUAUGGGGACGAGGAAGAUGGGGAGUUCAGACAGAAGUCGUCGUUCGUGGUGUAAAGUCACGCGUUGGUUCCAGAGCCAUUCUCCCCCCUCUUCUCCUCUUAUCCAACGGUCUGAUACACAUUAAGUGACUUGGUUCCUCUGAAACCUUUUCUGCACAAAAGAGCGGGGCUGUCGGUGCUUUGCAGUGGAUGCGUUUGGAACAUUUUGUGUCUUAAAGAAGUGAAACAUUUGCACAGGCUGUUUCCAUCAAAUGGGAUCUGUUUUCCAAUAUACUUUACAGCCAGGCCCGCGAAUCUUGUUUGUUUGUUUUAUUUUAUUGUUUAGUGUCUUAACUCCAGAAUUGGCUUAUAUGUAACUGCUUGUGAGUACUUGUUUUUGGCUCUUCUCCAUCUUUUCUCUGAAAAAAAAAAAAAGGUUUAGAUCUUUUUUUGUCAUUUCCUCUGAAAAAUGAAGCAAAAUGGUGAACCUCCAGGUACAGUCAGCGGAGGGUACUUUUUUGACAGUUUGAACUGCACAUUUUCUUAAAGAGCAGGUCACGAGGAGGUGAGUGAAUUUGUGUGUGGAAACAGUUGUUCAGCUGUUACACACAGACUUAUCUUAAACAGUGACUAAUUUACAUUUAAGAGAAACACUAUAAAACUACUUUUAAAAAUGAGCUGCAGUUAGGUGUUUAGUUCAUGCUGUCUUAAUCAGGGAUCACUAAAGCGUGUGAAAUAUUUUUUGUGUGUAACGAACAUAUCUGUGGUUUUAGCUGGCUCCAAUGGAGGGGGGGGG